GCGAGGAGCCAACUUGCCUGCAGGAGCUCGGCGGCGCUGAGCGCUUCCAUGGAGCGGGCGAGGGCGCAGGAGACCCGCGCGACACCAGGUUUGCAACUCCUGGGUACAGCGAGAUCUUUGCUAUGACUGCAGCACAACCUGUCUCCACCCUUAGCCAGGACGCCACCGUAGAAGACACUCCUGGGGUCUCCUCUCUCCUCUACAUGCCAUCAGCCCAGGAGCAUCAUGGGGAGUGUCAGUAGCCUCAUCUCCGGUCACAGCUUCCACAGCAAGCACUGCCGGGCCUCCCAGUACAAGCUCCGCAAGUCGUCCCACCUGAAGAAGCUGAACAGGUAUUCAGAUGGGCUGCUGAGGUUUGGCUUCUCCCAGGACUCCAGCCACAACAAGUCCAGCUCCAAAGGCAACAAGAAUGAGGACUUCUUUUACAUCAAGGUCAGCCAGAAAGCCCACGGCUCCCACCGGACAGAUUACACGUCACUCUCCAGCGGGGACCUGGGCAGCCAGGCAGGGGCGACUGGCAUGGACUUUGGCACACCCACUCCCCAGAAACUGAUGCCAUUUUCCAAUCAGCUGGAACUGGGCCCAGAGAAGGGCGUUAUAAGGCCAACCGCCUUCAAGCCAGUGAUCCCCCGCUCAGGCGCGAUCCUCCACUCCUCUCCGGAAAAUGGCAGCCACAUCUCCCAGCAGCUGCACCCUCCAGACAAAGCGAAGGAUCAAGAACUCAAGCCCAUGUUGUGCUCUGGAGGUUUGUCGGACUCCGGCAGGAACUCAAUGUCCAGCCUCCCAACCCACAGCACUACCAGCAGCUACCAGCUGGAUCCCCUGGUCACCCCUAUGGGGCCCAUCAGCCGUUUCGGGGGCUCAGCCCACAACAUCACCCAGUGCACCAUCAUACAAGACAGCAACAUGAUGAGCCUCAAGGCGCUGUCCUUCUCUGACAGCGGCAACAAGAUCCUCAACCCUGGAAAAGCUGCCCACCACCACCACGAGAAAGGCUCCUGCAUCCGGUCUCCCAUCUCCACAGAUGAGUCCACCAUCCAGGAGCUGGAGCAGAAACUGCUGGAGAGGGAAGGGGAGCUGCAGGAACUGCAGUGCAGCUUCGAGGAGAAGGAGGCCACCUCCUGCCAGGCCUAUGAAGAAAAGCAGAGGCGCUGCAAGGAAGAGCUGGAGGGGCUGAAGCAGAAGUGCAACAACAAGCUCAAGCAAACCUCUCAGAAGAUGCAGCGGACGCAGCAGGUGCUGCACCUCCAAGUGUUCCAGUUGCAAAAAGAGAAGAAGCAGCUUCGUGAGGAGCUGGAGAAGCUCAUGAAGGAGCAAGACCUGCUGCAGACCAAGCUGAGGUCCUAUGAGAAAGAGAAGACCAGCUUUGCCCCAGCGCUGGAAGAAACUCAGUGGGAGGUGUGUCAGAAGUCUGGCGAAAUCUCCCUCCUGAAGCAGCAGUUGAAGGACUCCCAGAUGGAGCUCAAUGCCAAGACAAGCGAGAUCCUCAGCCUGAAAGCCCAGCUGAAGGACGUGAGGGGGAAGAUAGAGGGACUGGAGAUGAAAACCCAGGACCUGGAAGGCUCCCUUCGCACCAAGGCCAUGGAGCUGGAGGUGUGCGAGAACGAGCUCCAGCGCAAGAGAAAUGAGUCAGAGCUGCUGAGGGAGAAGGUGAACCUGCUGGAGCAGGAGAUUAUGGAGCUCCGGACGGAGCUGACCAUCCUCAAGGAGCAGCGGAGCGAUGGGAGGGACGGGAUGGCCUCCGCCAGCCCGGCUGUGGGGAUGAUGGAGGAUGUCCAAGCCCUGCAGGGGGAAGUGGAUAAGCUGAAGGCAGAGCUGAAGGAGGAGAGAGACAAGAAUGAGCAGAUGACUUCCGGCUUCCAGCAUGAGCGACAGAUCUGGAAGGAGGAGAAGGAGAAGGUGAUCCACUACCAGAAGCAGCUGCAGCAGAGCUACCUGCACAUGUACAAAAGGAACCAGAACAUGGAGAAGAUGCUCCAGCAACUGGCUGCAGGGGGAGACGGCAGAGAGCCCAUCGACCUGGAUAUCCAUGGCACCGAUGUCCCCUACGAGGACAUCAUAGCCACAGAGAUCUAACGAGACCUGCUCUCUCUCUCCCCCCACCUCACAGCAGUGGGGAGGAGUGUCUCUUUCAGGCAAGGACUGAGCGGCACAGUCCCAUGGGUCUGUUCAUGCCAGACAGCCCAUGUACAGUUUGGAUGAGCCGUGUAUGUGUUAGCCAAGCUGGUUGACCAGCCAGCUCAAGAGCCCCUGGUGUGGCACCGUGAUGGUGCCCCAAGCUGCCUGUCAUGUUGUGGAGGUGAAAAAAAGCGACUCCUGCUAAUGGUGAUGUGCCGGCAUCCGCCCUUCGUGUCUGAUGCAUCCUCAGCAGGAUGCUGGUCUCCCACUUGUAGGA